GAUCGCGGUCUCGCCGAGGGCCACGGAGGGGAGGCUCUGAUAUAGAAAACUCCCCGAGGUAAACCUCCAUCAUCUAUCCGCAAUUGCCGGGCACUAUGAUAGCAUUCUUGAUUGGUUUGGAGAUUGUACACCGCCAGAGAUGAGCACGCCACAGUUUACGCACCCAGAGCUGGAGCUAUUUGAUUUGUUAAGCCAGGCAAGCUGUUGGCCUCACUCUCUCUGAUCAGCCAGUCAAUCACGACGAGGUGUAGCUAAUCCGAGUCCUCUCCCGACUCUGUCCAGGUCUCACAACAACGUCAUACCUAGAUCGAUAAUCUCCUGCCCACAUUGGCCCCCCUCUCAGAUGCUACCUUGCAAGUGCCUAGUACUCUUCCAUAGGAGAUUGGUAAUACAAUUUGUCGGAUAUAACACUGCCUGUGCCCGCUCAAACCCACGUACCUUUGUAUAGGACGCCUCGAAUGAAGAGUUCACAAUGCUUAAACGACUGUCAAGUACCCUGAGAAGGGAAAAGAGUGAUGAAGCGGGAGUUAACUCCGGCUCCAAUGGUACCAGAAAUGGCACCACUAAUGGUACCAACGGUGCCAUCAAUGGCACGAAUGGUGAAUUGUCAACCAGUCCAUCUUCUACGACCUCCAACGGCAACAAUGUGAAUGGCAAUGGCACCCAUGCUCGUCGCAGAAGCACUUUUGGCUUUAGCAAGAAUAAGGAUAGCAAUGGAAAUGAAGUGAAGGAUUAUUCUGAGGACCGCAAAGGCGUGGAGGACAUGUUUCGAGAAUUUUCCCAGAUACUUCAUGCCUCCAGACGUCCUUUGCCAACCCAAACGGGAGAUGGUACAUACAAUGAACACAAGGAAUUCACUGGCCUCAAGGAAGAUUUGAAGGCCUUGGGACUCCAAGACUACAAGACUCUUCUGGACGUCAUAAAAGGCAGAGCUACGGGAGCAUUGGUAGAUGACCGUACGAUGUUGAUGGAACGUCUAAUUCAGGCAGUUGCCGGUCUACCUCCCCUAUCCAAGAAUCGAGUCGAACUCACAAACGGCUUCAUCGGCGAGCUGUGGAGCACCCUAGACCAUCCACCACAGUCGUACAUGGGCGAUGACUACAUGUACAGAAAACCAGAUGGAUCGUACAACAACAUUAUGUUUCCCAAACUUGGUGCUGCUGGGCAGCCUUACGCACGAUCUGUUCGACCAUCGACUGUCAUUCCCGGAGCUUUACCCGAUCCAGGCGUGGUCUUUGACUGCGUGUUGAGUAGAUACGAGUAUAGGCCUCACCCAAAUGGAGUCAGCUCCAUGCUUUGGUACUUGGCCUCUAUCAUUAUCCAUGAUAUAUUCCGGACCGAUCACACCAACCCCAGUGUAUCUACCACUUCUUCAUAUUUGGAUCUCUCCCCGCUCUAUGGCAGCAGUCAAGAGGAGCAAAACGGGAUCCGAACCUUUAAAGAUGGAAAGCUCAAACCCGAUUGUUUUGCCGAUAAGAGAAUCCUCGGCUUCCCCCCGGGUAUCGCAACUUUCCUUAUCAUGUUCAAUCGAUUCCAUAACUAUGUCGCCGAUCAACUGCCCGUCAUCAAUGAAAAUGGCAGAUUCACGAAGCCUCCCCCUGGACUGACUCCUGAGAUGGAAGAGAAGAGCUGGGCGAAAUAUGAUAAUGAUAUUUUCCAGACUGCUCGUCUGAUCACUUCUGGUCUCUAUAUCAAUAUCAUCCUCACAGACUAUGUUCGCACCAUUAUUGGCCUUAAUAGGACAAACUCGACAUGGACUCUUGAUCCACGAGCUGAAAUGGGCAAGGAUGCGGGGGUAAGAGAGGGAGUUGAGCGCGGGACUGGUAACCAAGUCUCCGCCGAAUUCAAUCUCUUCUAUCGCUGGCACUCCUGCAUUAGUGACCGCGACGAUAAGUGGACCCAAGAUCUGUACCGCAAACUCUUCCCUGGCAAGGUCCCGUCAGAAAUUACUGUGCAGGAAAUGAUGAUAGGGCUCGGGAAGUGGCAUAGAUCAAUCCCCGAGGAUCCUAUUAAACGACAGUAUGCUCACUUUACUCGUGGUGCGGAUGGACGACUUGACGAUGACGAGCUGGUCCAAUGUUUGACUGAGAGCAUUGAAGAUCUUGCCGGUGCAUUUGGACCGAACAAUGUCCCGCAGUGCAUGAAGCCGAUUGAGAUGCUGGGGAUAAUUCAGGGUAGAAAAUGGAACGUGGCUGGGUUGAACGAAUUCCGGAAGCACUUUGGUCUCAAACCCCACGAGACAUUCGAAGACAUCAACCCGGAUCCCAAAGUCGCAAACCACUUCCGCCAUCUUUAUGAACACCCUGAUUUCGUUGAACUUUACCCUGGAAUGAUUGCUGAAGAUGCCAAGACACCAAUGAACCCAGGUGUUGGUAUCUGCCCGCCGUACACGAUUUCCAGAGUCAUCUUGUCGGAUGCCGUCUGCCUCGUGCGCGGUGAUAGAUUCUAUACUAUCGAUUAUAACCCUCGCAACCUGACCAACUGGGGCUACAACGAAGUUGCGACGGAUCUUGCAAUCAACCAAGGAUGCGUUUUCUACAAGCUUAUCACGAGGGCUUUCCCGCAACACUUCAAGGGCGAUUCAAUCUAUGCGCACUACCCGAUGACGAUUCCAUCUGCGACCAGGGAUAUUCUUAUCAGUCUGAAGAGGGAGCGUUGCUUUAGUUAUGAUAAGCCAGCCAGGAUGGCACCUCGAGUGAACUUAACGUCGUACUCGGCAGCCAAAUAUGUCCUUGAAAACCCAAGCAAAUACAAAGUGACUUGGGGUGAAGGCUUUGUCCGUGUUUUUGGAAAGCUCGGCGCUAACUUCAUGUUAUCUGGUGAUGGUGCUUUGUAUGCCAAGCAAAGACAGCUCAUGGGCAAGUCCCUGUACAAGGAGCAGUGGAAGGCUCACGUCAAAGAAUUCUACGAGUACAUUACUCAAAGAUUGAUAUCCGAGAAGGCAUACACCCUGGCCGGUGUGAACCAGAUAGACAUUGUUCGCGAUGUCGGCAAUCUCACACAUGUCCACUUUGCCGCAGAUGUAUUUUCACUCCCACUGAAGACUGCAGACCACCCGCAUGGCUUAUUUACCGAACAUGAAUUGUACAUGGUCCUGGCAGCAUUCUUCAUCGCCAUCUUCUUCGACCUCGAUACCACCAAGUCGUUCGGUCUGCAGCAGGCUGCCCACGCUGCUGCUACCAAGUUAGGAGGUAUUGUGGAGGCGAAUGUCAAACUUGCCAAAGCUACUGGAUUCAUGUCAGGCAUUACUGAUAAGUUCAGCGAAAGACAAGGCCCGUUGAAGGAUUACGGAAUUCACAUGAUCCGCCAACUUCUGGCGUCAGGGUUGUCACCCCACGAAGUAACUUGGUCCCAGAUGCUUCCCACAGCUGGAGCCAUGGUCGCAAACCAAGCACAAGUUUUUGCCCAAUCUCUGGAUUACUACCUUGGAGAAGGCCAAGCCCACCUCCCCGAGAUCAACCGCAUCGCCAAGCUCAACACCCCAGAAGCAGAUGAGCUCCUCCUCCGCUACGCCAUGGAGGGUAUCCGCCUCGCCGGGACCUUUGGCCUAUACCGCGGCGCCACCAGCGCCGACGUCAUCAACGACGAUGGCAGAACCGUCGAAGUCAACCCCGGCGAUUCCGUCUUCGUCUCCUUCGUAAGCGCUAACCGCGAUCCCCUCAUUUUCCCCUACCCCAAUGAAGUCCGCCUCGACCGGCCCCUCAGUUCCUACAUCCACUACGGCGACGGGACCCACGCUUGUCUCGGCAAGGACGCAAGCAUGGUCGCGGUGACCGCCAUGUGGAAAGUGGUCGGCCGUCUCGAUAACCUGCGCCGUGCCCCUGGCCCGCAGGGCGAACUCAAGAAGAUCCCCAGACCCGGUGGCUUCUUCAUUUAUAUGCGUGAGGACCGAGGAAGCUACUUCCCAUUCCCGACUACUAUGAAAAUCAACUGGGAUGGUGAAGUGAAGAAACCGAAUGGUGUGAAAGCGUGAGAUGACCAUUACGCAUCGGAUAAUUGAAGCGGCUAGCUAAUGAACAAUGAUGAUGACGAUGAUUCCCCGAGAAUAGGUCAGAUGGAUCAUUUCUCUCUUUUAUAUUGAAAGUAUUUAUAUCUAUGUAUUUGCAGAAUCAAUUGAAUUGAAUCACAUACCCUAC